GUUUGGGCGGGAAACAAAAGGGACGCCAUCUUGUUAGUUUACUUCUGAUGUGGAUAAUAUGCGGAGUUUUUGUAGAAAAUGUAUAGAUAGACCGCCUGAUAGGCGAUUUUAUAUCAUUUGUAAGGACUAAUACCAUCGCUGGAAUAAUAUUUCGGUAAUUUGGAGACACCAAGUAACAAUUCAAGAUGUUUUACGCACACUUUGUGCUCAGCAAGAAGGGGCCUCUGGCCAGGAUAUGGCUUGCGGCUCACUGGGACAAAAAGCUUACAAAAGCUCAUGUGUUUGAAACAAAUAUAGAUAGCAGUGUUGAAGCUAUUCUGCAGCCAAAGGUGAAAAUGGCUUUGAGAACGUCUGGUCAUCUUUUGUUGGGCGUGGUUCGAAUCUAUUCAAGAAAAGCUAAAUACUUAUUAGCUGAUUGCAAUGAAGCAUUCGUGAAGAUAAAGAUGGCUUUCCGUCCUGGUGUUGUUGAUUUGCCUGAAGAAAACAGGGAGGCCGCUGUUGCAGCCAUUACUUUACAAGAAAAUUUCCAUGACUUCGAGACCACGUUAGCAGAUUUAGAGGAUAUUGAUGUGCAAGCCCAAUUCUCAGUGAAUCAAAGUCGACCAGAGGAAAUCACCAUGAGAGAAGAUUUGGGCAGUAUUCAGUUGAUGGGAGAUGAUGGUUUUGGUGACAUGUUUGAAGACGACUUUGGAGGGGAAAUUUCUGAGGACGAAAUUUGCCUCAUUAUUUAUGGAUUUAAGACAGAUUUAACUAAACACCCUCUCGAUUUUGAUCUUCUUAUGCAAACAUUGGAUAUGACAUUAGCUCGUUGUAAAUCUCCUGUAAAUAAGGAUCUUAGCCCGGGGCUUCGUCACAGCGUGGACAGUGGUAUUGAACUCGACGUAGAACAAGACAACUGUGAUAUUAGUGAAAGUCUUGAAACUGACAGUGGUAUCCGCACACCUUCUGAAAGUGCUUCAAGUAAAAGUGCAGCUAUUUCUUGCGAAUCUAGUGCUACUUGUGACAGUGCUAUUGCUCACUCAGGGAAUUCUAGAAAAUCUCAGGACAAAGUUUCCUUGGAAAAGCUGGACAGUGGAAUAGGUCUGGACAGCGAUCCAGGUUUCUAUGACUGGGAUGAAUCCGAACAUAAUUCUGUGAUAGAAGAUGGAAACUCCCAUUGGGAUGACCCCCAUGCUUCUCCGUGUUCAGCAGGACCGGGUGAUGUUGGGUUUGAUGAACGGGAAAUCCUCAGAGAUGCGUCAAAUCUUGACGACACACUGUACAAGAACCAAGAUAUAUCAGCUGCUCCUAUUGAUGACCAUGAAAAAACUUUGGGAAAUCAUAGCACAUCUCUGGAAAAGUCCAUGGAUGUUGACAUGGAGGCACCCAUCACAGAUGAUGGAUUUGGUGCAGUUGGCGAUGGAUUCAUGGAUGCAGAUGACGACGAUGAUGAUGAUAAUGGAGAUUUUGGUGAUGUUGGAGAUGUUGAUCAGGCAUUUUUUGGUCAAGAAUUCAUGGAGCCUGCAGGUCUUUUUGAAGACACACCUAUGCCAGAGGUUCCAUUGCCAGCUGAGGCUGAAGGAGAGCCUGUACCUAAAGAUAGUGAAGAAACACAGAAGGUAGUGGAGACAUCACAUAAUGAGGCGGAGGUGACACAGCCAACAAAUACAACCAACAGCACAGCUGGUGAACAAACCACACUUGUACAUAAUGAAGAAGAAGCAUUUGCCCUUGAACCUCUAGAUGUCACUGCUGUACCAGGUGCUGAAAAGAAAGCCAAGAGGAAAAGAAAACUAAUUGUUGAUGAACAUAAGGGCAUUCCUGGUGAGACAAUGAAGCUCCAGCUGUCGGACACAAGUGAUAUUGUGACAACACUGGAUCUUGCUCCUCCCACCAAGAAGCUCAUGCAUUGGAAGGAAACUGGUGGUGUUGAAAAACCUUUUGCCCUGCCUGGAAGACCAAUAGUCUCCAAGACUUUGUCAAAGAUGUUCUCUAAGAACUUGGUGACAAAACAAGUGAAGGAAGAGGAUGAUAUUUGUGGAAUUGAGAAACUGGUGCUUGAAUCUCCUGAAGUGUCUCGAGAAGAAGAUAAACAAGUUGAUAGAUCAAGACAGUCAGACAUGUCAACAAUCAUUGAAGAACCAUCAAUCAACUUGGACAACAGCAAAACUUUGGCACGUUCACGGCGCAGUGAGAAGUCUUUUGUGGAAAAACCAAAAGAAGUUGCUCCUGAAGAGCCAACAAAUAAUGCACAAGAUCUGUUUGCCCAGUCCUUCAACAAUGGCAUUGUUGAUAUGCCUCCCGAUCCGACGCUGGAUCCAACACUUGAUCCAACACUUGAACCAAGUAUAUCUACUGUGGACCCCACUGCCAUAGAUCCCAGCCUCAUCGACCCCAACAUGGAAGAUGGGCCUCCUUCAAUUGCUCCUUUCUCUGUUCCUCCUCAGUCUGUUGGGCCACCAUCUGUUGCACCCCCUUCAGUUGCACCAGCCUUUGAUGACCUGGAAGCAGAGAAUGAACCGAUGCCUGAGAAUUUGGAGCAAGAAGAGAUCCGGUGGAGCAAGCGAACACAGCAAAUGCAGCACACAUUUGAUCUGGCUUUCAGAUAUUCAGACUCUUUAAGCUUCAAGGACAUGGCCAGACGGCAUAAUCGUAAACAAGCAUCAUCUCGUUUCUACACUUUGUUAGUGUUAAAGAAGCACCAGUGUGUUGAGGUGCAGCAGGAUGAACCUUAUGGUGACAUUAUCAUCAGCAAAGGACCUAAUUUUGGAAUGGCUUGCUGAGACAGACACUGUACAGAAGUGUAAAUAUUCAUGACACAGUGGUCAAGUAAUAUAACAUUGACUUGACAGUGGAUCAUCAGAUCAUCCCCAACAUUACCUGAACUGUGCUAUCAUUAGCAGUUACACCACUGACUGAUAUGCCAAGUCAAUACUGCAUCUCUGUCACUCAUCUGUUAAAGGUUACUUUGUUGUCGGUGGCUGUGUGUUUUUGUCCAGUAUUGUAUAAUUGUUACCUGGGUGUGUGUUUCAAUGCCAGUCUGAACAUUAGUGCUGGGACCUUGUCUCAUGAAUCCUCAAAGGUUAUCUGAAGUUAAUGUUCAUAAUAGGUAAACUAUAAAGCAGCUGUUUCCAAUUGAGACUGUUUUAUGUUAGGACUGGUCCUAAUAUAUUUUAAACAUAGAACGUCAAUUGUAUUGUCGGCAAGCAAUUUCAAUACAAGGCAUUGUGAUUAUUAGUGAUGGAACAAGGCAAGUUUUUAAGUCAUAAAGGUAACAACUAUUUAAUGGAUCUAGGUACAUCUUUCAGGGAAAGCAAAAAGGCUUUAGGAAUUAUUUAUGAUGGUAUUUCUUCAGUGUCUCAAGUUAAAAAUGUGCAAUAUUUCUAAGAAAGCAGAUUACCAUAUGUGUUUCAAAGAAGCUAAAGACUUCAGUGAUUUUGUACGUUAGAAAAAAUAUUUCUGUAAGUAAAGCUAUGCAUAUUUUUAAAACAUUGAAACAGAUUUUUUUAUUUAAGUUCUUGGUCCUCUUCUCAGCUGUUUCUUUUGUAUGGAUUAAGGCGACAUACUACAUUCUUAUCAUUCUUUUCAUUCAUUGUCAUUAAACCUGAAAAAAUCCAGGCAGCAUUCAUACAAGAUGCUGGCUCACAGCAAUUUUAGAGAAACAUCUAUAUUGAAAUACUACAAGCUUGUGUUCAUUGUUGAAGUUUGCAAAACUUUGCAAAAGAAACCAUCAUAUUUGUUUAUCCCAUAUUGUAAAUUCAUUGCCAUUUGUCAUCCUAUCUAGUUCCUAGUAUCAUUAUCAUUGUAUAAAUUUUGUUCACUUGUUCCUGGUUUAAGACUAGCAUCAAUCUCAAUAGUUGCACUUAGCCACGUUUUUACAUCACAUUUCAUUGGUGACUCCUGGAGUCCACUCGUGGCUUGUAGCAUUUAUUUUGUACAAAUAAAGUCAUUGAAUAUAA